AUGAACUACAGACGAUCUGAUAGUGAUGAUGAUAUUCAUGCCCCUAUAGAACAGACAGAGCACCACGAGCCAGUAGUUUUGAAAAUUGAUGGGGUGUUUAAAUUAAAGUUAUCGCAAUUAAAGUACUUUACAUUUGUCGUUAUUGGAAUCGCCAUUUUAUGGCCAUGGAACUGCUUUCUUUCGGCAUCAGCAUACUAUGGACUCCGAUUCAUUGGAUCGCCAAAAUUGUCAAAAGUUUACAGCUCGACGAUGAUGUCUGUGUCAACCAUCACAUCAACUUUAUACAACUAUUAUCUUUCUCAGAAACAAACUGGUGCUGACUACAAAAGGAGAGUGCAUGUCGGUUUCAACAUGACUAUAGUUAUCUUUACGUUUAUGGCGAUAACAUGUGUUGUUCAAUUAUUUCUCGAUAUGAAUGAUACAUUAUUUUUUAUAUUGAUUAUGGUUAUGGUGUUGACGUCAGCUACUGCUACGUGCUUGGCCCAAAAUGGUACUAUGGCAAUUGUCAAUGUAAUGGGAGAAAUAUACGCUAAUGCUGUAAUGGUGGGGCAAGCCGUGGCGGGUGUUUUACCGUCUUGUGCAUUGAUCGUAUCCAUCUUGUUGGUGGGAGAGAAAUCAUCCAAGGAAGAGAAAGUUGACAAGGACUUCGGUGUAUUUGUUUACUACAUUACUGCCAGCUUAAUUUGCGUAAUUUCAAUUGGAUUGUUGUACUUGAUUGAACAUCAUAAACCUCAAUCGGCUUAUCAAAAAUUGAACGAUUUGAUGGAAAUGGGAGAAGGAACAGCAUUGCAACAGGAACCAGACAUUGACGUGGUUGAAGAUGUACCCUCACAAAAGCUGUUUAUCCCAUUUUCACAAUUAUGGAGCAAAUUGAACCUUGUUGUGAUGACCAUAUUUUUCACAUUUGGUAUCACUUUAGUGUUUCCUGUCUUUGCCUCUGUUGUCGAGUCCACAAAUACGAAUCUGGAAUACAGGCUAUUCAGCAAACAGAUUUAUAUUCCAUUUGUGUACUUAAUGUGGAACUUGGGCGAUUUAAUGGGAAGAUUAAUGUGCGGGUAUCCUAAAUUGCACAUGUUGAUAACUACACCAAGGACAAUGUUUAUAUACUCGCUAGCGAGAUUGGCAUUUAUCCCACUUUUCAUGACUUGCAACAUUCACCCAGGAAUAUCUCAACCUUUCAUCAAAUCUGAUUUCUGGUACAUUUUAUUACAAACAUUAUUUGGGAUUUCCAAUGGACAACUAUGUACUUCUGCGUUUAUGAUCGUUGGUAAACUAUGUGACUCAGACGAUGAGAAAGAAGCUGCUGGUGGAUUUACUACUGUGUUCCUAAGUGUUGGUUUAGCUGUUGGUAGCGUUUUUAGUUAUUUGAUUGUAUUGAUGGUGGGAUAA